AUGUACCUGAUCACGGUGUUGGGGAACCUGCUCAUCAUCCUGGCCAUCGGCUCUGACUCCCACCUCCACACCCCCAUGUACUUCUUCCUCUCCAACCUGUCCUUGGCUGACAUCGGUUUCACCUCCACUACGGUCCCCAAGAUGAUUGUGGACAUCCAAUCUCAUAGCACAGUCAUCUCCUAUGCGGGCUGCCUGACUCAGAUGUCUUCCUUUGUCCUUUUUGCAUGUAUGGAAGACAUGCUCCUCACUGUGAUGGCCUAUGACCGGUUUGUAGCCAUCUGUCACCCCCUACUCUACCCAGUCAUCAUGACUCCUCACCUCUGUGUCUUCCUAGUUUUGGCGUCUUUUUUCCUUAGCCUGUUGCAUUCCCAGUUGCACAACUUGAUUGUGUUACAAUUCACCUGCUUCAAGAAUGUGGAAAUCCCUAAUUUUUUCUGUGACCCAUCUCAACUUCUCAACCUUGCCUGCUCUGACAGCGUCAUCAAUAACAUAUUCGUAUAUUUAGAUAGUACCAUAUUUGGUUUUCUUCCCACUUCAGGGAUCCUUUUGUCUUACUAUAAAAUUCUCUCCUCCAUUCUAAGAAUUCCAUCAUCAGGUGGGAGGUAUAAAGCCUUCUCCACCUGUGGCUCUCACCUGGCAGUUGUUUGCUUAUUUUAUGGAAUGGGCGUUGGCGUGUACCUGACGUCAGCUGUGUCACCGUCUCCCAGGAAUGCUGUGGUGGCAUCAGUGAUGUAUGCUGUGGUCAUCCCCAUGCUGAACCCCUUCAUCUACAGCCUGAGAAACAGGGACAUUCAAAGUGCCCUUUGUCAACUCCUGGGU